AUGAUUACAUCAAGUAUUAUUGAAUCAUUUACUGUUCAUUUCUUCUUACCAUUUUUAAAUUUUGUUACAUUUUUUCUGUUCUUUUUGUUUUUUAAAAUGGAAGACCUGUUUUUUAUAACUUCCAAAAAAAAAAAACUUGUGCCAGAAGAAUUUAUAGAAACAACAGAAAAUGAAAAGGACAACCAAAAAGAUGAAUAUUUUUUUACAGUGUCAAAAAAUAAAUUAAUAAAGAACAAAAAUAAUCUUUCAAGUAUUGAAACGUUUUCUUCAUAUAUGUCACAUACAAAACGUUGCGCUUUAAAUACUAUAGAAAAUGAAGAGAAGGAGAAACUAUUUUCUAGUCAUAUAAACAAUGUUGCUGAUACUUAUAAAAAAACAAAUACAGAGACUCCAUGUUCUGAUAAGAUUACCGUUUUAAUAAAUAAAGAGAAAAGUAAUAAUAAUAAAAAUAUUCACAGUAAUAAUAAUAUAUAUUAUAAUGAUAAUAAUAUUCUUUAUAAUAAUGAUAGCCUGUUAAAAAAUAAUGAGUUGAAGGAACCACUGAAAAUUCAUCAACCAUUAUCUACACCCAUACAUAAUGAAAAGAAAAAUUUAAUUUACUCAAAUAAUAUUUUUUACAAAUAUUAUAUGAAUAAUUAUCAAGAAGAGAAAAAUGUCGUUCAUACAAAUAAUAAUUAUAAUCUUCAUAGUGACAAUAAUAAUUAUGCAAAUGAAUCUAUUUCAAACAAUAAUACACACAUUAUUAGUAUCAAUAAUAUGAAUAAUAUCAAUAAUAAUAGCAAUAAUGUCAGUGUAAGUAUGGCUAAGAAUGUUUUACGUGCAUGGUAUUGUGAUCAUGAUAAUCCAAAUGAAAUAAUAGAUUCAAAGAAUUCUAAUAUAGAAUCUAUAAAAACACAAAAUGUUUAUGAAACUAAUAAUAAUGACAUGAAUCCGUUUUUUAAUUCAACCAUGGAUUUUAAAAGCAAUAAAUUUAUUGAUAAUAAAACUGAUAAAUGUGGAGAUAAUACAAGUGAUAAUAAAAGUAAUAUUAACAAUGAAGAAUAUUUUCAAAAUUUUAUAACAAACAAAAAUAAUAAUUUAAGAGAUACAAUAAUUUCUGAUGAAAAUAAUAAAAUGAUUAUAAUUAAAAAAGUAGAUGACGAAAGAAAUAUGCAAGAUGAUAAUUUUAGCUAUUUACAUGAUAUAUUAGAAAAAACGUAUAAAGAAUAUGUAAAUUGUGAUGGUUCAGAAUAUAUAUAUAUAUAUGAUAUUUGUGUGAGAAAGGAUAGGAUUAACAACAACAAUGAUAAUAAUGAUAAUAUUGAUAAUAAUAAUAUUGAUAAUAAUAAUAAUAAUAAUAUUGAUAAUAUUGAUAAUAAUAAUAAUAUUGAUAAUAUUUAUGAUGACAAUUAUUAUGAUGAUGAGAAUAAUAUUACAAGCGAUACCCAUAUUAAUAAUAACAUUCAUAAUAACAAUAUAAAUCAUAGUGAAAACAAAAUUAUUAUUGACAAUGCUCAUAAAAAUGAAUAUAAUAUUUUUAAUAAUAUCUCUAUGAAAAUUAAUAAAAUAAAAGGAUUUUUUAUUUCUACAAACAAAUUAACUGAAGACCAAAGUAAUAUAUCAACAGAUAUAUUACAAAUGACUAAACAAAUAAAAAAUGAUAUGAACAAUAAAGAGAUGAUAUUAUAUAAUGAUAAUUAUAUGGAAGAAGAAAAACUAAAUAUACAUAAUAUAAAUGAAACAAAUAUUCAAAAUAAUAAAAAAGAAAUAAUAAAACAUAAUGAUAUACAAUUUGAAGAUAAAAAAGAAAUAAUCAAAUGUGUUGAUAAAACAAGUUUUAUAGAUAAAUUGAAUUAUAUAUUUUUUACAUCUAUAAAUAAUAAUAAUAAUACAAAUAAUGAUACUACAAAUGACAACAAUAAUAAUUAUGAUAAUAAAAAUAAUCAAAAUAAUUAUAACAAUCACAAUAAUUACAAUAAUAACAAUAAUUACAAUAAUUACAAUUCAUAUAAUUUUCAUAUCAAAGAAGUAUCACAGGAUUAUCAUUUUGAAGACAUUAAAUUUGACAACUUACACAAUAAUAUGAAUCAUAAUAUUAAUAGAAGAAUAUAUGAAACAGAUAUUUAUGAUAUCCAUAUUAUUAAAAAAGGUUAUAAUUAUAUUUAUAUAAAAGAUGGUGAAUGGAAACAUUUUUUCUGUGUUUUAUUUUAUUUACAAAAUAAUAUAGGACUUAAAAAUGAUAUUAUAUGUAAACAUUAUUGUAAGAUAUAUGAUAGAGGAGAUUAUAUUUUAAAAAAAAUAAAUGAUAAUAACUCUUCAGAUAUAUGUACUAAUUAUUUUCUAUCCUUUUUUGAAGAUAUUUAUUUUAAUAAACAUCAACUUAAUAAUUUAGAACUAGCUAUACUUAUUAAAAAAAAAUCAUAUGAAUUUAUAUUUGAAAUAACAAAAUAUAAAACUGCACACAUUAUACAUAAUUUUCAUUAUAUAUAUAUUGAUCAAGAUAAAAAAACUAAUAAUUGUCUUAAUAUAUUUGAUGUAGAUAAUAAUUCAUAUUAUAUCAUACCAUUCAUUUUUAAAACAACACAAACAUAUCAUAAUAAACAAAACAUAUAUGAUGAAGAAAAACAAAACAAUGAACAUUUAAUUAAUCAUAUAAAUUUUAGUUGUGAUAUAUUAAAACAUUGGAAUGAAUCUAUAUAUUUUAUAACCAAAAAAAUGGAAGCCACUAGUCAUGCAAACCUUACAAAUCUAAAACAAAAUCAAAACAAAAUACGUUAUGUUAAUAGAAAAUUGAAUCAAUGGAUACACGUAUUUAAGCAGGAAAGAAAUAUAAAACACCUCUAA